AUUGUACAAAGAAAAGGAAGGGGAAGCAAAAAACUGUGGAGAGAAAGAGUGUCUGUUUAGGUUUAGAAACAGGCGACGGGGAAGAAAGGAGGAAUAGAGUUUCUCUUUCUCUUAAAUUUCAUAGAAAACACCGACAGCUUUGAUUGGUUUGGUGGUCAUCGAGGAAACAGGAUGUAUGGAGAUUGCCAAGUUAUGUCAUCUAUGGGAGCAGAUCACAUGGUGUCCUCUUCAGAAACCAUCUUCUCCUCCACGAUCCAAAACCCUAACUUCAACUUCUUACCAUUCAACACUUUUGCUCCCUCGAUUAAGGAUGAAAACGGGUUAAUGCUGAGAUCAGGGAAGGAAGAGAUGGAGAUGAGUGAGACUGAAAGUGAACAAAUAGUAGAGGAGAAGUCAGGGAAUGAGAAUGAAACUACUGAACAACCCGGUGGCCCAAAGAAGAAACGCUACCACCGCCACACUCCCAGACAGAUCCAAGCUAUGGAAGCAUUGUUUAAGCAAUGUCCGCACCCAGAUGACAAACAAAGGAUGAAACUGAGUCAAGAACUCAGCCUCAAGCCUCGCCAAGUAAAGUUCUGGUUCCAAAACAGGCGAACCCAGAUGAAGGCACAACAAGAUCGGUCUGAUAAUGCUUUACUUAGAGGCGAGAACGAUACACUCAGGAAUGAGAAUUAUAGACUGCAAGAAGAGUUGCGCAAUCUCGUUUGUACUUCUUGUGGUGGUCAAGGUAUUCUCGGAGGAAUUUCUUUUGAAGAUCUUCGACUCGAGAAUGCCCGACUUCGAGAUGAGUUGGAAAGAGUUUCCUGUAUUGUAUCGAGAUAUACAGGCAGGCCAAUGCAAAUGGGAAUGACGGUUGUUUCUGCGAUGAUGCCAUUGCCAGUGCCUCCAUCACUAGAGUUGGAUAUGAACAUAUAUCCACGGUAUAAUUUCAUGGAGCCAACCAUGGCUUCGCCGGGGGAAAUCUUCCCUCUUCCUAUGUUCCCUUCGAGACCUUCACCCUUCACUGAGAGUCAUGGUCUUUUGUUGAUGGAAGAGGAAAAGACUCUUGCAAUGGAGCUUGCUUUGUCAUCCAUGGACGAACUUGUGAAGAUGUGUCAGACAAGCAAGCUUCUUUGGACCCGAAGCAGUGAAACUGGAAGGGAGACGCUUAAUCGUGAAGAACAUGCUAAGAUGUUUCCUUGGCCUCUUAAUUUCAACCAUCGUCUAACUGAAUUCCGGAGAGAAGCAAGCCGAGACAAUGCGGUGGUUAUAAUGAACAGCGUCACUCUGGUUGAUGCAUUCCUUGAUGCCAAUAAAUGGAUGCAACUGUUUCCUUCCAUUGUUGCUAGAGCAAAGACUAUUCAAGUUAUAUCAUCUGGGGUUACCGGGCCAAGUGGUUCCCUUCUCCUGAUGUAUGCAGAAUUGCAAGUUCUUUCUCCUCUAGUGCCAACCAGGGAGGCAUAUUUUCUUCGGUAUUGCCAUCAGAAUAUGGAAGAGGGAACUUGGGCAAUAGUUGAUUUCCCCAUGGAUGGUCUUCGUGAGGACGUUCAUGAGUCUUCAUUUCCCCUUUAUAGGAGACGACCCUCUGGCUGUGUAAUUCAAGAUAUGCCUAAUGGGUACUCAAGGGUUACAUGGGUGGAGCAUGCGGAGAUAGAGGAGAAACCUGUGCAUCAGAUAUUAAACAACUUUGUGUAUAAUGGGAUGGCAUUUGGAGCACAUCGGUGGCUUACAGUUUUACAGCGCCAAUGUGAGAGGAUUGCUAGCCUCAUGGCUAGAAAUAUCCCUGACUCAGGAGUGAUACGCUCGGUCGAUGCAAGGAAAAACCUGAUGAUGCUUGCUCAAAGAAUGAUUAGGACAUUCUGUGUUAACAUCAGCAGUUCCAGUGGCCAGUUGUGGACAGCCUUACCAGAUUCCUCAGAUGACACUGUUAGAAUCACGACCAGAAAAAUGGCAGAACCUGGCCAACCUAGUGGCCUGAUUCUUUGUGCUGUAUCCACCACUUGGCUACCGUAUCCUCACCAACAAAUCUUUGAUCUGUUGAGAGAUGAACGCCGCCGCUCUCAGCUGGAAGUUCUUUCUAAUGGGAAUGCCUUACAAGAGGUGGCUCACAUUGCUAAUGGCUCUCAUCCAGGAAACUGCAUCUCUCUUCUUCGAAUCAAUGUUGCAAGCAACUCCUCCCAUCAUGUAGAUCUGAUCCUGCAAGAGAGCUGCACAGACCAAUCCGGCAGUUUAGUUGUCUACUCCACUGUUGAUGUUGAGUCAAUUAAGCUCACCAUGAGUGGUGAGGAUCCAUCCUGCAUCCCUCUCCUUCCUUUAGGGUUCGUCAUUACCCCGGUGGAACCAGUCAAUGAUGCCAGUACUGCUGAGGCCAACUCCAUCACGGCAACACCAGAGGCAGCAAAUGGGCGAACCAACACUGGUUCUCUACUCACUGUGGGCCUUCAAGUCCUUGCCAGCAGUGUUGCAACAGCGAAAAUUAACCUCUCCAGCAUUGCUGCCAUCAACAACCAUUUGUGCACCACAGUUCAACAAAUUACAGCAGCUCUUAGUAACCAAAGCAGCAUUGUAGGCUCCAUUACUACUCAGCCUGCUGCCUUGGCAGAAUAGAGACUUGUCAUUUUUAAGAUGGGAGUUUAGGGUAAAUGAUGGUGGAGUAAGUAUUGUUCGUGGAAUGGGAAUUAAGAUUGCAGGGUAAUUAGAGUGUGUGAAGUAGGUGUUUGUUGUAACUAAUUAAGGCGGUCACUAGGUAAGUAAAGAAGUUGGCGUCUUCGGGUAAGUUCUAGGAAAAUCUAAGAGGGAAAAAACUGAAGUAGUAGUAUAUAUAUAUCGUAUGUAUUUUAAUCGAAGGAGUCAAGAGCGCACCAAAUAUGACCCUUGCUUUCUGGUAAGGCCUACAAGAAUUGAAGAUGAGGGCCUCACCAAUCAGCAAGGGUGGUGGUUCGGGUAUUGACUUCUGCUUCUCUCUGUGUUAAGGGUUUUAUCUUUUGAAUUUAAUGCCUACCGUAUCAACUCCUCUG